CACAAACGUCCCAGCUGUAACCUGCUCCAGGUAUCCUCAUCCAACGAUGUCUUCCAUCUCAGUAGCAUUCUUCGUCCUUGCCCUCUGUGCUGCGGCCCUCGCAGGACCAGCAGUACCAGUGGUUCCAGUUUUGCCCAUCCAGAAUUUUCAACCAAGACCAUAUCAGUACGGAUAUGCCUUCGCUGACGGCCUCGGUAUGAGCCAACACAAAAAUGAAGUUGCUGACGGCACAGGAGCUGUGAAGGGUGCUUACGGAUACCAGGAUCCUCUCGGAGUCUACAGGAAUGUCGAGUACACAGCCGACAAGGACGGGUACAAGGCCGUGAUCCGCAGCAACGAACCUGGAACCUCGAACCACGCUGCCGCAGAUGCUGUUUACAUUGUUGAACUCCCACCAGCAGCUGCUAUUGCUCAAGGACUCAGAGCAGCAGUGCCUGUAGCCAAAUUGACCGUCUGAUCUGUAACCGUUUGCCAAACUGACCGUCUGAUUCAAGUAUAACAUCUGUUGACAGCAAAUAAAGAUC